ACAUUAACUGGAAUGAAAAAGAUAAGAGAAGACUAGAAUGUUUGAUGGAGCAAACUUUGACCAAGUUAUAUCAUGUCCUCCUCUACCCCUGCAGUCACUUUUCACUGUAGCUGGACUGAAAACACACCUGGCUGUAAACUGCACUGACAGGACCUCCUCUGUAUUUGGGGCUGCCUCAGGAAUGAGUUAAAAACUGAAGAUUAACCACAGAAACCACUUUGUCCACUGACAAGACGACAGUAAUCCCAGUUAAAGUAGGAGUGUGUGUUCUGAGAUGCAGCAUUCAGGUAGUUUAGAUUGUCUGAGUCCUGCUGAGUUGAGGCUGUUAAUCAGGCAGAAGGACUCCAGGAUAAGAACCACGACGGGAUUAGCUGAUGGAUACCAGCAGGCCGGUGUGGUCGUCCUGCCCAAUCAUCUAGCAGAUGACUUUGAAGCCUUCUGUCGCAGUAAUCCCGCCCCCUUGCCGCUCCUUUAUCGCAGCCAAUCAGGAGAGACUUCCUGUCCACCUCUGGCUAAACAUGCUGACAUAAGGACGGAUAUCUCUCAGUAUUGUGUGUAUGAGGAGGGUUGCUUGGUGGAAACUGUGUCCAGUCUGCAGAAUUACGGAAGACAACCAAGGGAACACGCUACUCAAAGUGAAACUUGGUGAUGUCCAAAAAUUUGUUAGAAUAACGGAGCCAAAUCUGUCAGACUUUUUGAAUGCAG